CCCGGGGAGGCCCCGCCGGGCAGGGCACGGUGCGGGAUCCCGCCCCCGGGGAGGCCCCGCCGGGCAGGGCAGGGCGCGUCGAGAUGUCGCCGUGUGGGCUCGGGCGGUACUUCUGCACGGCGGGCCGCGGGCUCGAGCCCUUCCUCGCGCGGGAGGUGCGGGCGCGGCUCGGCGCCACGGAGGUGGACUGCGUCUCGGGAAAGGUGUUUUUCAGCGCGGCCGCGGGACCGGGCGAGCUGAGGAAGCUGCGGUCGGGGGAGCGGCUGUUCCUGCUGCUGAAGAAGCACAGCCCGCUGGCAGUGUCUAGGAACAAAGGGAAAAUGCUACAUGAGAUUAAAAGCCUUGUAAUUGAGGAACCGAGAUAUUGGUUGGAUAUUAUCUCUGUUUGGAGAAACCUUCAUGGACAUGAGGGGAAAAAAGGUGAUGUCACUCGAGAAAACCCAUUGGCUCUGAAGAGAAAGUCAGAAGAAGAGACAAAUACUGCAAGUAAAAGGCAGAAAACGGAACAAGAGAGAGACGUGUCUGAGGAAUGUCAGGUGGAAGCUGGAGAGAGGUGUGUGGUGCCAGAGAGAAUCAGUGAUCAGGAGUGCCGGACUGAGAGCAGCGCUUCCUCAGAAGACCCUUCCAGAGACAGUGGAGAGAACUGUACUGCAAAUGAACAGCUUAGCUUCAGUUUCAGAGUGUCUUGUCGUUGUAGUGGAGCAAUUGCCAAAAUACUGACUUCACAGGAGAUCGGAAGAGCCAUUGGCGUAGCACUCAUGAAGCAGUGUGGGUGGCGUGCUGAUCUGCGGGACCCUGACCUUGAGAUCUUUGUACAUCUUAAUGACAUUCACUCUGUGGUGGGGAUUCCUCUUUUCAGGCUUCCAUUGGCAAACAGAGAGUAUAUCAAAACAGCAGGACUGCGGUCAACAGUUGCAUGGGCCAUGGCAUCUCUGGCCGAAAUCCGUGCUGGUGCCUUUGUGCUGGAUCCCAUGUGCGGGCUAGGAACGAUACUGCUGGAGGCUGCCAAAGAGUGGCCUGAAGCCUGUUACUGGGGUGCUGAUAUAAGUGAUUCACAGUUAGAGGGUGCAGAUGUGAAUAUUAGAACUGCAGGCUUAAUGGAUAAGAUUGAGUUGCUUAAAGCUUCGGUGAAAGCCCUGCCAUUGCCUUCAGAAAGCUUUGACACUGUGAUUUCGGAUAUUCCAUUUGGGAAGAAGUUCAAGAUCACGGAUGAUGCCCAGCUCCUACCGGAUAUUCUCCAGGAAAUGGAAAGAGUGCUCCGUGUUGGAGGGACUAUUGUAUUGCUGCUGAGCCAAGAUCUCCGAAAGCGCAUGGAUGGCUUGACCACGUGUGCUGGAAGUGACUCUCCUGAGGCCGUUGCUGAUGGCACCAGUGAAACAGCCACUGCAAAAGCCCCAAGUGUUGAUGAGAAUUCUUCCUCUGUGGCAGAUGGUGUUGGAGAAUCCUUUCUCAGCAGCAGACAGACACAUUUUGGGUCUCUGGUGCCGGAUGGUGUCUAUGGGGUUAGUCUUGGGAAGACAGAGGCUUUCAUAUACAAAUACAGGAAGAUCUCUGCUGCCAGGAAUCGGUAGCUUUCUGGCACUGUGCUGAAGGAACUUGAAUCCUGAGACACUUCAGAAGCAGCUUGGCAUGACCAGUGGAACCCUUCUGAUGCAAACGAACCCCGUGCCAUCUCUUAGCUCGCCUCACAUUCUUUGGAUGUCCUAAGGCACUGCUUCUCUCUGGUUUUUAGGAGAGAUGGAAGGUGCCUACUAGAGUUUCAGCUGGUUUCCCUGUAUUGUGCACAGUGAAACAGUAUAUGGUAUAUUGUAAUAAGCCAAAGUCCUCAAAUCCUUGUUAAGGCAAAGCUGCUCAUUAAUGGGAGGAGUUUCUAUGGGAGAGAAAGUAUUUACUGAACUGCAAACCCCAAUGUGGUAGCAUUAAAUGUAAAUGGAUUUUCACCUUCAGCAGUGUUUAUCAAGAAGCACAUCUUGUCUGAAGAAGUCUCCAUCUCUUUUUGAGGGGUAGACGUAUGCUUUACCAAGCAGUCUUUUAUUUUAAAGCUUGUUUCUGGUAAGUUUGUGAGAUCUCUUGGAGUGGAAAAUAAACUGUUUUAUGUAUUAAUUCUUUGCGGCAUUUUCAUAUGUCUAGUGGGUACGCUUUAAUUUAGUGUUUUAGGAUGAAGAGUCUUAUUUCUAUCAAAAGUAAUGCUUUUCCUCACUUGGUAAUGUUACUCCAAGGACACAGUGUGGAUGAUGGGAAAACUUGCCAAACAGAUGAAAAAUUAGAAAUUAGGAAUGUAUUCUGCCUGAGAGAAGCACAUGGAAAAAGAUCUCAGGAAAAGAGGUUUUUUUGGUUAAUGCAAAAGCUAUUUUGGGAGGCGGGGAGGAAAUAAACUUAACUGCAUGCUUUCCCAUGGCUGUUGAGCUGAUAGUGAAGGAUUUUUAUAGAGAAUGCUUGCAGAUUGCUUUAAGAUGCUGCUUUGGACAAGCUUGUCAAACUAGGAUGGACUAAAGCAUUGUGUGUCUCUUGGUGCUUAGUGAGGCGAUAACCAUUAGCAGUGCGCUUGCGUUUGUUUGGGCUGGGUUUGCAUUCUUCUUUUUCAGAAAUUUGUUCUGUGUAGCCUGUUGGAAGCAUUACUUAUCCAUGUGCUUUCUGUGGCAGUCUCUACUCUGGGGAUCUUAGAAUUUGAAGUCUUAAGAGCCUGUGGUGUGGACUGAAGUACGAAAACUCCAAGAGCAAUGAGGGUGUGGAUUGGAGUGGUAGGAGCCUCCUGUUAACACUGGUCUCUGGAAAUGUGCUGAUGCACGGAUUUUUGGCUUUAAACAAUACUUCUGUAAUUAUUUGCACUCCCACCCAAGAUCAGCUUUCAAAGAGGCCUUGGAGCAAAUGAUAAUGUCACAAGAAAGGCUCCCGGCCGGGGGGGCGUGGCCGCCUUACACAGCCUUUAAUGAGAAUAAUAACAAAAUUUAAAAUUAAAAUAAAAAGAAAAAUAAAAUUUAAAAAUACAACAAAAAAUGCAUUCUAAUGAAAAUUGUGAUAGCCAAUAAAGACCAAAGGAGAGAUAAUUUGCUUAUCAAAUUAUAUUUGCAACACUGUAACUACAAAUUGCAAUAAACAAAGUCCCAAGUUUCUAUAAGUUUCAAGUAAUAAUUUCAUUUAGUGUUUGUCUUGACUACCUCAUGCAUAUUGAUUGUAUCAUAUACCUGUAUAUUCUGUGGGUUUUUGGCUAAAUGUUUAAUGUGUAAGUUUUCUCACAGCUGAAGCUGAGAGUUAUCUCUACAACCAGUCAUAGUUCAUGUAUUCUUAGACGAACAGGCGCCUAAAGAUUUAAAGUUCUAUUAUAUUUACAGCUAAGGUUAAAAGAGCUAUCUCUGCAGCCAGUCCUAAUUCAUGUACUCUUGGACGAGUAGGCGCCUAGAGACUUAAAGUUGUACUAUAUUUCAUUCUUAGGAUAGUGAGAAAGUUUUAGGCCUUUUGACCUUGUGAGGGUCUGUUUUGUUUCCUUGUGGGGGUGUAGUUGAGUUUUAGAAUCUAUUUAGUCUGUUUUUAAUGUAGUCACCCAUUUGCUUCACGAAUCACAAUUAUUUAUAUAUCACACAAACCAUAAUGUUAUGUUACCAUAAUUAGUGAUAUUUUGUUAUGUUAUGUAAUAAGAAAAAGAACCGAAAAAGAGAACAGAACUAUUUUCCAGCGGCAAGAUGGCACAUGCGCAGAAAAAGCUGACUACGUCAAAAGGAUGAAGUGAACAGAGCCGAGCUUGUCUCCUAGCAACAAGAUAACGCAUGCUUAAAGCCUCUUGGCAACAAGAACAGAGCCUGCGCAGACAGACCUGAUGAACAAAGGAGGGGAUUUUAAAAGAGAUAAGCAGCUCCAAACCUAUAAAAGGCAGAUUGGAAAUUAUUGAAGUGUGCCUUGGAUGAGCAAGGAAAGCUCACUAAGUCACCCAGCGCUGUAAUUUGCUUAUUUGAUUUUUAUAUAAAUCUAUAAUAAAACUUUUUACUACGAUAUUUGAGCCUAGUGCCGAUUUUACUUAUAACAAAAAUAAUCCUGGCAGCCUUUGCACCGCCUCGGUGAGUUCUGCCGGGCUUUCUAAAAUAAAAAAUAAAAUAAAGUUAAAAAUACCCCAAAAAUA